CAUUUAACCGCAACAUGGUUUUCUAAGCGCACGCCUUUGCCUCAACCAGUUCGAAAAUUAAAUUUUUUUUUUUUUUUUUUUACCAUGGCGUUCGUUUCUCGCGUACUGAGGCGCGCGUCGCCGUUCCUUUUUCAAAAAAGGCUGGAAUCGACGAUGGCUUCGUUGACGAAGGACGAAAUGCUCAUUUUGCUACGGCCUCCUUACACCAACUGGAGUAACAUUAUAAGGGAGGCGGAGAAAGUGGUCGGUUAUCCCACUUCCUUCAUGAACCUGAGGUGUCUUUUGAGCGACGAGUUUGCAAACCUGGCGUUGUAUUUACGGAAAUUGGUUGGCAGUAAGCAUCUAGUGAUGAAAACGGCUAAGAACGUUUUGUACGGAGACUCUAAAAACCUACAACCUUGGGGCUUGAUCAUACUCCUACUAGCAAAGGCAGUGAAGACACCAUCACAGAGUUCCAAAGCUAUUUACGAGAAACAACGCCAACUAGCGGAGCUUACAGAAAUGAUGAGAACAGGACACCAUAUUCAUACAGGCAUAGUGAACGUACCAUUCGCGAAGAGAUCCAAGAGCACAGAAUCUGCUAUAUUUGGUAAUAAAAUUGCUAUUCUACUCGGAGAUUACCUACUCGUUACUGCAAACUCCAUGCUUGCUGGACUCCAAAAUGCAGAUGUUUUGUACAUAGUUUCAACCGCUUUGAGGGAUUUGUCAGAGAGUGAGUUCUUUGGUGAAAGAGAUGAACAGAACAUGCCUUUACCUGGCAAACCCAAAGUGAUCAAAAAUGAUGAAAUCUCAUUUGAAAUUAAAGGUAUAGAAACAGAUGAUGUGUUGGGUAAUUCAAGAAAGGAGUGGACAGCAAGAACUGUUUAUAAUGGAGUGAGUUUACUUGGCAGGAGCUGCCAAGCUUCGAUGCUGCUUGGAAGACAAAAUCGAGAAACCCAAAACUUUGCAUAUCAUUUCGGCUGCCACGUCGGCUUAGCUUGGCAAGCUGCUGCAGAACUACAGAAGAUAAACGAAAGCAAGGGUCAAUUUAGUUUGACAAGCGCUCCAGUUUUGUAUGCUUUAGAAGGAAAUCCAGACCUUUACAAUAUUAUUGAGCAAGCCAAAAACGAUAUUAACGACGUUGAUUAUGAAGAUCUGAAGUUUAACAUACUAAAAACAGAUGCGGUUGACAAAACAAAGAUACUUUAUGAAGAACAUGCUAAAAAAGCGAUGGAAUAUAUCAAUAACAUUGGUCAAAAUGAAUCUGUUGAUAUGAUUAAGAAAUUAAUAAAUACAUUUUAAUGGAAAAAUUUAGUAUUUUACAUUGUUAUAAUUGUGAGCGUUAUGUUAUAUAUAAUAUUACACCUGUGACACCCAGCUAUUUACAACUAUAAGAAGGGGGUGUAAGCUACAUAAUGAAUCAUAACUUUGACUGAAGAGGAAGUAUGCGUUCAGUGGAUCAUCAAACAUGAUGUAAAAGCUCCAAUGAUGAAUUGAUAUGCUGGUUGGAUGGAUAUUUUUAAGCAUUUAAUUUAAGAGGCUGAAUUAGUAUUUAAAUAAAUAUAAAAAAAAAUAUCCAAUCUGUAUGUUAUCUAAAGAGUUAUGACUUUCUGGCAGUUUGUUUUUCUUAAAAAAAUAUUUAUCGUCGAUACUUAAUAUUUUGUUUGAAUAAAAUAUUUCAAAAUUA